AUGAAGAUACUGCGCUGGGCUGGUGGUGUCACGCGCCUUGAUAAAGUGCGAAAUGAGCACAUCAGAGGGUCCUUCAAAGUCGCACCAAUCGCAGAGAAGCUAAAGGAAACCCGACUGAGGUGGUUUGGGCAUGUUAUGAGGCGAGAAGAUGACUACGCGGUAAAGAAAGACAUGCACAUCCCAAGUCAAUCGAGAGGAAGAGGACGACCACCAGCAACAUGGUGGUCCAAUAUCGAGAAGGAGAUGAAAGCCCAAAACCUGACCACAUCGACAACCCGGGAUAGAAUAUCCUGGCGCCGAAGUACGAGGAGGCCCGACCCCAGCUGA